AUGCCUACCGACCGCGUGCUAUCGCCAGCACGGCGUAGCAGCGAAAUUGGAGACGAGCAAGAAGAAGCCUUACUCACCGGGCAGCAUGUUGACCGUAAGGGGCAAACCGGUCGAGGCCGAGGCUUUUUCACAAGAUGGAAGAACCCCAUUAUAGUUACUUGGGCCGCGAUCGCAACCAUCAUUAUCCUGGUUUUCGGUGUUUUAUACGUUCGUAGUCAUCCAAAUGAUGACAAGCCUACGCCGGGUGCUCCAAACACCCCGAACACUCCUAAUACUCCUAAGAAUCCAAAUACCCCAAAUACUCCAAACGAUCCAAAGGCACCGAAGAACAAAAAAAAGAGGAAUCUCAUCUUUAUGGUUUCUGAUGGCAUGGGUCCUGCUUCCCUUUCGUUGACUAGAAGCUUCCGCCAGUUCACUGAGAACCUUGCAAUCGACGACGUCCUUACUCUCGACAAACACUUUAUCGGAUCCUCUAGAACUAGAUCAUCCAACUCGCUUGUAACUGACUCCGCUGCCGGUGCCACUGCUUUCUCUUGCGGAUUGAAGAGCUACAAUGGUGCUAUUUCGAUCCUCCCAGACGGUAACCCCUGUGGUACUGUUUUGGAAGCUGCUAAGGCUGCCGGUUAUAUGACUGGUCUUGUGGUUACUACCUCGAUUACUGAUGCUACUCCCGCUUGUUUCAAUUCUCACGUCAAUAUGAGAUGGGAACAGGACCGUAUCGCUGAACAGCAAAUUGGAGACCACCCACUCGGUCGUGUUACCGAUCUUAUGUUCGGCGGCGGUCUUUGCCACUUUAUGCCAAACACUAGCAUCGGAUCUUGCCGUGGUGAUGACCGUGAUCUUAUCAAGGAAGCUAGGAAGUCUGGUUGGCAGUUUGCUUACACCAUCGACGGUUUUAAGUACCUCAGGAUGGGAAAAUUCGUCAAAUUCCCUAUCAUGGGGCUUUGGGCACCUGCAGAUAUUCCAUAUGACAUUGAUCGAAAGGAUACCGAGUAUCCAAGUUUGGCUGCCAUGGCUGAGACUGCUAUUACUGCUCUUGCACUCGAGACUAGGAACAGCGAUAAGGGUUUUUUUUUGAUGAUUGAAGGUAGCAGAAUUGACCAUGCUGGUCAUGGUAACGAUCCUGCUGCUCAGGUUAGGGAAGUCCGUGCCUACGACAAGGCUUUCGAAGUCGUUCGCAGAAAAAUCGACGAAAUGGAAACCGAGACUAUUGUUAUCAGCACCAGCGACCACGAAACCGGUGGCCUCUCUACUGCUCGACAGCUCCAUGAGACUUACCCAGAUUAUCUCUGGUACCCAAGUGUUCUUGCCAAUGCUUCCCACUCUUCUGAAUACAUGGCUAAGCUUCUCGCCGACUUCCCCGAACGCGGCAAGAUGAAGGUUACCAAGUAUAUCAACGAUGAGCUCCUACCUCUCCAGAAGAUCACUGAUGCAGAUGAUGAGGAAGUUGCCAAACUUGUCAAGGCUAAGAUAGACGGCUUGUCCUCUGCCUACGUUUGGGCCGAUAUGAUCUCCCGAAGGGCUCAAAUCGGAUGGUCUACCCAUGGUCACAGCGCUGUCGAUGUCAACAUUUAUGCCUACCCACCUGAGGCUGCGAAGAAGCUCUGGGGAAACCACGAGAACACUGAAAUUGGAGAGUUCUUGAGGAAUUACUUGGACGUUGACGUUGAUGCUAUCACCAAGAAGUUGAGAGAGGGAGGUACCCAUGCUAAAUGGAUGGGUAAGGAACUUGAUGAAAUCUUGGAAGAGAAAGAGAAGUCUAUGGGUGUCGGUGGAAAGACCGGUGAGGUUACUGUUAAUGGGUUGGAUUCUUACCAUGGAGUUCACAAGAGGGCAUGUAUGCAUUGA